AUGGCGGCUCAGGCGGCGGCGGCGGCCCAGGCGGCGGCGGCCCAGGCGGCGCAGGCCGAGGCGGCCGAAUCGUGGUAUCUGGCGCUCCUGGGCUUCGCAGAGCACUUUCGUACCUCCAGUCCGCCCAAGAUUCGCCUGUGUGUACACUGCCUGCAGGCUGUGUUCCCCUUCAAGCCUCCGCAGCGCAUCGAGGCCCGCACGCAUCUCCAGCUCGGCUCCGUGCUUUACCACCACACCAAGAACAGCGAACAGGCGCGCAGCCACCUGGAGAAGGCGUGGCUGAUAUCUCAGCAAGUCCCACAGUUUGAGGAUGUCAAGUUUGAGGCUGCGAGUCUCCUCUCUGAAUUGUACUGCCAGGAGAAUUCCGUGGAUGCAGCAAAGCCCCUCCUGCGGAAAGCCAUCCAAAUCUCACAGCAGACGCCAUACUGGCACUGUCGCCUGCUCUUCCAGCUGGCUCAACUGCACACUCUGGAGAAGGACCUGGUGUCGGCCUGUGACUUGCUGGGUGUCGGGGCUGAGUACGCUCGAGUGGUGGGCUCUGAGUAUACACGGGCGUUGUUCCUGCUCAGUAAAGGCAUGCUGCUCCUGAUGGAACGGAAGCUGCAAGAGGUCCACCCACUGCUGACGCUCUGCGGGCAGAUCGUGGAGAACUGGCAGGGGAACCCCAUCCAGAAGGAGUCGCUGCGGGUCUUUUUCUUGGUGCUGCAGGUGACCCACUACCUGGAUGCUGGGCAGGUGAAGAGCGUGAAGCCGUGCCUGAAGCAGCUGCAGCAGUGCAUCCAGACGAUCUCCACGCUGCACGACGACGAGAUCCUCCCCAGCAACCCCGCUGACCUCUUCCACUGGCUGCCCAAGGAGCACAUGUGCGUGCUCGUCUACCUGGUGACCGUGAUGCACUCCAUGCAAGCUGGCUACUUGGAGAAGGCGCAGAAGUACACAGACAAGGCUCUCAUGCAGCUCGAGAAGCUCAAGAUGCUCGACUGCAGCCCUAUCCUGUCCUCCUUCCAAGUGAUCCUGCUAGAGCACAUCAUCAUGUGCCGGCUCGUGACUGGGCACAAGGCCACCGCUCUGCAAGAGAUCUCCCAGGUGUGCCAGCUGUGCCAGCAGUCCCCACGGCUCUUCUCCAACCACGCGGCGCAGCUGCACACGCUGCUGGGCCUGUACUGUGUCUCGGUGAAUUGCAUGGAUAACGCGGAGGCCCAGUUCACCACGGCCCUGCGGCUCACCAACCACCAGGAGCUGUGGGCCUUCAUUGUUACCAACUUGGCGAGUGUGUACAUCCGGGAAGGAAACAGGCACCAAGAGGUACUGUACAGUCUGCUGGAGAGGAUCAACCCAGACCACAGCUUCCCCGUCAGCUCCCACUGCCUCCGGGCGGCUGCCUUCUAUGUUCGUGGGCUCUUCUCCUUCUUCCAGGGGCGCUACAACGAGGCCAAGCGCUUCUUAAGGGAAACUCUGAAGAUGUCCAACGCCGAGGACCUGAACCGGCUGACGGCCUGCUCCCUGGUGCUGCUGGGCCACAUCUUCUAUGUGCUGGGGAACCACAGGGAGAGUAACAACAUGGUGGUGCCUGCCAUGCAGCUGGCCAGCAAGAUCCCAGACAUGUCUGUGCAGCUGUGGUCGUCAGCUCUGCUCAGAGACUUGAACAAAGCCUGUGGGAAUGCGAUGGAUGCACACGAGGCCGCCCAAAUGCACCAGAACUUCUCACAGCAGCUACUCCAGGACCACAUUGAGGCCUGCAGCCUUCCCGAGCACAACCUCAUCACGUGGACAGACGGCCCGCCCCCUGUGCAGUUCCAAGCCCAGAACGGACCCAACACCAGCCUGGCGAGCCUCCUGUGAGACUGGUCCUGGGGUGGCCCUGGUGCGACCCCACAGGCCUAUCCAGAGCUGCUCUUUUCUGCCGUAGUGUGGGCGCCAUCUUUUGUGCAGCAGCCAGGACACGCGCACCUUGCUGGAAGGACACACAGCUGUGGUGGGUGCCUCAGGCUGGAGCCACCCUGGGAGUGGAUGCCAAACUCAUGGCCCUUCUCUGCAGUGGGUCAAGCCCAUAGGAAGCAGGGCUCCGUAGGGCAUAGCCCUCCAUGCCUGGUGGUGACCUCCACUUUGACGGCUCUGGACCCUUGCAGAUUGUGCAGGCAGCAUCCAAAGCCACGUCUUUGGCUCAUAAGGGAAAUUUGGAGGAAAGAAGUAACCACUCUCGGAGGGGCCAGUGUACAGCCACUGCAGUGCUUGUCCCCGCCUCUCCACAUCCACCCAAGGGCCAAGGCCACUGCCCAGGGACUCCCUUUUCCGGACACUAUCAGCUGCGUAUUCAGAAGUACGUGUGCAUAGAUGCGUGCAUGUGCACGCACAUGGGAGCCUGUGGCCUAGGGACCUGGAGCUGGAGCAGGGCCUCCAGCCAGAAUGAGAGGCCUUUCCUCACAGUUCCUUUGUGGUCCAGUCUUAGGGAGGGGGGGCGGUCCCCUACUCCCCGACACCGGGUCUCCUAGAGAUGGGCGCAGGUGCUCUGCCAGCCUCAGGCAGCUGGCCUGCUGCAUGCCCUGCCUGGCCAUCCAGGAGGUGCCCAGCAGGCACUAGACUGGCUAGACAGCCUCCUGUUCCUGGCACCACAGCACACACGGCAGGCAGCCGGAUCCACCAGCUGCCUCACUGACCUGAGCGUCCUCAUCACACCUGUGCUGCGAGGCCUCUGCUCUGAGUGCAUCCAUCUGCCCAGGACGUGGGCACCUGCCGAGUCCGUGUUGCCGUCCGGACACCUUACCAUGCCUUAGCCUGGGUUGCCUCAGGAGUUCCCCCCACCUGUCUCCCCCCCCAAGCCUUGUCCUCUGCCCAGUUCCAAUGGAGCAGAGCCUCGGAGGGAGCCCCCGGCCCCUCCACCCACAGGCCAGGCCCACCCGGCACAACUCCCCGGCCUCGCCUGCACCAUCACCUUGUGCAUCAUGUUCGUCUGCGUAUUUAUUAAGCCUUUCUCUUCUCCUCGUAGGGCGUUUGUGUUAGAGCAGCUGGAGUAAGAACCUCACAGCUUAACACCUGCCCUGGUGUUUGCUUUUAGUACCACCUUGUUCUCUGUGUAUAUGUGAAAUUAAGGAUAAAACAGUAAGUUUACAGUCAAAACCCAGUACUCGAUAUUUAAUGUUCCACACUUCAUGGAAGCCAAACAGUAUAUGGGGAGUGUAUGUGUGUGUGCGUGUGAUCUUUGAACUUUUCUUUGCAGCAGCAACUUCGAUUAUAUAAAAGCUUUUACUACUACUACCCUGAGUCCCUAUCUAAUGGGGAGGGCCAAGGAAAGUGAAUUUCAGGACAUCAUUGGGCCUCUGGCGCCACCUCGUGGCCAGGCGCGUGCUCGAGGGCUGUGUGCCCCCAGCUCAAGCUUUGAGCCUGCUGCCCUAGCCGGUGGAGGACACAGAGCCGCUGGUGACCAGCUAGCUUCUUGGUUCCCUUGUCUCUUUUGCUAAGAGUUUUAAUAAUGAGUGUGUUUGGCAUCCUGUCUUUUAAUGGGUUUGUAAUAUUUUGAUUUUAGCAGCCUGUGCUUUUAACUUCAGCUGGUGCUUUUAAUCAGGAAAAGACCGAAUAACAGAACACAGCGCGCCUGUGAGCCGCCUCCUGUGUAUCCAAAGUAAAGGAACUUGGCAGGA